CUAUGCCAUAAACACUGAGUUGUUGUCGGCCGCUUUAAAUUUAAGAAGAAGACAUAUAUCCCAGCGUGCACUACUGUUUCUGUGUCCGAGGUUACCAAACCAAACUAAGCAGCAGACCACCGGAUCUUGCUGUAAGGGAUUUUUUCGGCAGCGAAUCCGACACAGAUAUAAGGCAGAGACUGUGUUUCCUUUACCCUCUUCCAGGAUGAGCGGUAUGCGCACCUUCGUCAGCGCCAGCUGGAUGGUCGUGUUGGUGGGGAUCGGCUAUGGGAUGUGGACUAUCAUAUCUCCAGGAGAAGAGCAACGGAAAGAGCUCAUCAAGAAUCUGCCUGAAUCGAACCCAAAGAGAAUGGAAGAGACGAGGAAGAGGAACGCUCUGGUGAUGCAGGCACUCAAGGAGGCGGCUGAAACCGACGAGAAUAUUGCAAGAGGACCUGUGAGAUAGAAAGGCCAAGCUCUGGGACCCGUUUGGGAAGUCUCUGUGUAUUGAAUGCUGCUGGCAUGCAGGGCCACAACCUAAAUAAAGAUGGACAUUUUAUUAUUCUAUAGGGAGAUUGUAGUUUAAUUUUCACCUCUAAUGUCUUAAUUGUAUGUGAAAACAAUUUACCAUUGGAUGUCGAGAUUAUUUAUUAAAACUCUCCAAAGACAA